UCUUAAACUUUUGUUCAAACAGCACUUCCUGCAAUCUAGCUUGGAAAGAAUAGAGCUCCUCAACCCCGGCAACAUUUCGAACCCAUAAUCCCUCCCGCCACCAUGAACAACUCCAGUCUCCACGAAGCCAUCAUCUCCUCCUUCCUCGCAAACCAGCGUGCCCCAACAAUCCGCGAGCUCGCCGCUCGCUUCCAGUGCACUGAAUCAGAGGCUCGACAGAGCCUACAAGCGCUGGCCGACUACCACGGGGUCGUCCUCCACCCGCACUCCGACGAGGUCUGGGUGGCGCACCCCUUCUCCGCCGCCCCGACGACCUGCAUCGUCUCCUGCGGCGAGCGCAAAUGGUGGGGCAACUGCGCCUGGUGCUCGCUCGGGGUCAUGCAGCUGGCCGGCGGGACAGCCUCCCUCACCACCCGUCUCGGCGCCAUCGGGGACGAGGUCUCCAUCGCCGUCAAGGAUGGGGAGCUGGUCGACAAGGACUACGUCAUCCACUUCCCCAUCCCCAUGGCCAACGCCUGGGACAACGUCAUUUUCACCUGCUCCGUCAUGCUGGUCUUCCGCAACGAGGCCGAGGUCGACGCCUGGUGCGCCACGCGCGGCAUCCCCAAGGGCGACGUCAGGCCCAUCGACCAGAUCUGGACGUUCGCCAAGGAGUGGUACGGUCGCCAUGCUGAUGCGGACUGGACCAAGUGGUCGCUGCGCGAGGCGGUUGAGAUCUUCCGUCGCCAUAAUCUGACCGGGCCGGUUUGGGCGAUUGGGGGUGAUGCGGAGCGCUUUUGAGCGUGAUGUGCUGGGUGAGGGCGUUGUGUUGCGUGUUGAGCGGGAGUGUUGCUUGUCGAAGAUGAGCUAGGUGUCUAGUUCUUAGGUAUUUGUGAGGAGGUGUCGUUGGC